AUGCCCAUCAUCAACGCCGACGUCCCUCCCACCUCAACCGACGACACCCACUAUGUCGUCUACUUUGCCUCAGGCGAACCCUCAUGGUGCCCUGACUGCCGCAAUGCCCUCCCUGCGCUGAACGCCGUCUUUGGCGAUGCAUCAGCCCCCAAUGCGCAUCUCGUCAUGGCGGGUUCGCGAGAAGAGUGGAGGGGAAAUCCUGACAAUAAAUAUCGCAAGGCGCCUUAUGACAUUCAGUGUCUUCCCACUGUCGUCAAGGUCAAAUACGGAGCGGAGAUUGGACGUCUGGGAGAUAAUGAGAGUCAGAAUGAGUCUGAUCUUCGCAAGCUUGUGAAGCUAUGA